UCUCCACAGUCUACCUCCAUCACGCGUUUCAUUUACUCACACGCUCAUCCCCUUUCAGCCUCAAGUUCUUUCACUCUUCUUCGUUUUCCUCUUUGCUUUAAGCUUUUUAAGAACGCCAUAAUCGUUAAAAUACAAAAGAAAAAUAAACCAACAUAUAAUAUCCUCCAUGGAUGUUCUCAAAGCUUCUCCUACCAUUGUUUAUUCACCAUACAUUCCAACAACAACAAGAAACAAAACCCAGUUUUCUAAACCCAUCUUUCACAAUUUGAACUUACAAUUACCAUGUUUUACAAGAAAUGGAUCGAAAUCCAGGUUGUUUACGACCUUAUCAUCGUCCCCAAUAUCAACAACGGAGUCUAUUGAGCCACCUAUGCCGGAAGUUGAGGCUGAGGUCGGUAAAGAGAGAUUCGAUUGGUACUCACAGUGGUAUCCGGUGAUGCCCGUAUGUGAUUUGGAUAAGAGGGUGCCACAUGGUAAGAAAGUAUUAGGACUUGAUCUAGUGGUGUGGUGGGAUAAGAACGAGAAUGAAUGGAAAGUGUUCGAUGAUACUUGUCCUCAUAGAUUAGCUCCUCUAUCUGAGGGAAGAAUUGAUCAAUGGGGGAGGUUACAAUGUGUGUACCAUGGUUGGUGUUUUGGUGGCAAUGGUGACUGCAAAAUCAUUCCCCAAGCUCCCUUAGAUGGACCCCCGGUCCAUACAUUCAAGAAAGCAUGUGUGGCUGUUUAUCCAAGUGUUGUGCAACAUGAUAUUGUAUGGGUUUGGCCAAAUGCUGAUCCUCAAUACAAAGAUAUUAUAACAAAGAAAAAGCCUCCUUACAUUCCUGUAUUAGAUGAUCCUUCAUUUUCAAAGUUGAUGGGAAACAGAGAUAUCCCUUAUGGGUACGAGGUACUGGUUGAAAAUCUUAUGGAUCCUGCUCAUGUUCCAUAUGCACAUUAUGGUAUAAUGCGCACUCGGACCCCAACCGUGAAGGUUGAUAGAGAAGGGGGUAGACCACUUGAUAUGAAAGUUAAGAAGUUGGACAUAAAUGGUUUUCUUGGAAAGCAAGAUUGGGGUAGUUCUAACUUUAUUGCACCUUGCAUCUUUCAUGCUUUUGCUGAUGUCGAAGUUGAUCAAGAAAAUGGAUCUGCAACAUCUGUAAAGGCACCGCCACCGAAUCGAAGACUUUCUUUGAUUUUUAUGUGUGUUCCGGUUAGUCCAGGUAAUAGUAGAUUGAUUUGGACUUUCCCGAGAAACUUCGGUGUUUGGAUUGACAAAAUUGUUCCAAGAUGGAUAUUUCACAUUGGACAAAACUUGAUUCUUGAUUCCGAUUUGUAUCUUCUUCAUGUUGAGGAGCGUAAAAUAAUGGAAAUCGGGGCUACCAAUUGGCAAAAAGCUUGUUUCGUGCCUACAAAGUCAGAUGCCUUAGUGGUCGGUUUCCGAAGGUGGUUCAACAAGUAUGCCGGCGGUGAGAUUGAUUGGAAAGGGAAGUAUAGUGGAGCUCUUCCUCCGUCCCCUCCUAGAGAGCAACUAAUGGACAGGUAUUGGAGUCAUGUGGUGAAUUGUAAGAGUUGUAAUACUGCACAUACAGGUCUCAAGGCACUCGAAGUAAUACUACAAAUCAUGUCUGUUGUUUUGAUUGGCAUCGUUGCUGUAACAAAGCAAAACAUGAUAUCAAUGGUGGUUAAAACAACAAUGGUAUCAAUGGCUAUCGUUUGUUUUGCAGCUUCAAAAUGGUUGGCUCAUUUCAUUUACAAGAAUUUUCAUUACCAUGACUAUAACCAUGCUUUUGUGUAAGUUUAUGUGAAUAUGACACCCUUUUCUUUGUAUGUAAGGUUAAAAGCUAGUUGAACAUCUUCUUUUUUUUUUUUUUUCCUAUACCAACAAUGAUUAGAAAUUAAAUAUACAUAUUUUAUGUGUUUUCAA